AUGCCUUCUAUGUUCCGUUCAUUAUCGGCUCGGUUCAGGCGCCAGCCUACCGCCCAACGGAUGGCGACUCCGAAAUUCGAUCCAAAGAAGCAAGCCAGCUGUAAAGUACUGUUAUUGGAUGGUACUGACCUUAACAUCAUAGUGUCGAAGAAUGCUUUGGGCGAAGAAGUAUAUGAUCAAGUGUUCUAUUCACUUGAUUUGGAGGAACGCGAUUACUUCGGAUUGUUAUUUACAGAUCAAUACAAUGUUCAGCAUUGGCUGGAUCCUGUUAAGAAGAUUGCCAAACAGGUGCCUAUUGGACCCCCAUUCACAUUCCGUUUUCGUGUCAAAUUCUUCACAGCCGAGCCAUGUAGUAACUUGAAAGAAGAGUUAACAAGAUAUCAAUUCUUCUUACAAUUGAAGCAUGAUAUUCUUUCUGGACGAUUGAAUUGCUCCAAAGAAGUUGCUAUUGAACUAGCUGCAUUCACCUUACAGUCUGAAUUAGGAGAUUAUAAUCCUAAAGAUCAUUCUGCUCUUCUCAUUUCUGAAUUCCGUUUCCAUCCAGAACAGGAUGAGAAGAUGGAACUCGACAUCUUGGAACGAUUCAAACUCUGUCGCGGACAAACACCCGCACAGGCUGAAUUGAAUUAUCUGAACAAAGCAAAAUAUUUGGAAAUGUAUGGUGUUGAUACUCAUAAGGUUGAAGGAAAAGAUGGCAAUACGUAUACGCUCGGUUUAACGCCACAAGGCAUGCUUGUAUUUGAUGGAGCACAAAAGAUUGGAUUAUUCUUUUGGGAAAAAAUUCAAAAGCUUGAUUUCAAGAAUAAACGAAUUACACUCGUCGUCGAAGAAGAUGCUGAUUCAUCGAAUAAUGGCCAAAUUCAAUUGCAUACCUUUGUCUUCAAUCUAUGCUCACAUAAAGCUUGUAAGCAUUUAUGGAAAUGUGCUAUAGAACAUCACACUUUCUUCCGAUUGAAAGUUCGUCAAUAUCCUAGACAGAAUAAGAUGCAACUUUUCCGUUUGGGAAGCACAUUCAAAUACAGAGGAAGAACUGAAUAUGAGACUGUACAUAAGGAUACUGGAAGAUUAUCAAGAAGAACAUCUUCGACAUUUGAAAGAAGACCUAGUCAACGAUAUGGACCACGCCAAAGUCAUGCAGCUGUUCGCCAACAGAAACGUGAACUCAUACGUGAGCAAGUUAUUGCAACCAUCAACGCCAACACAGCUGUACCAACGGGUGAUUUGAUUAAUCAUAGCGUUUCUGAUUCGGCUAUCAUCUCAAAUCAACAACCAUCUCAUUCCAUAUCUUCUAGUAGUAUUACUCCUAAGACAGUCGAUGCCCGUCUUGAUAAUCCAUUCUAUAGUCAACCAUCCACUGCUAGCGGCUCUCAUAUAAGACCUCCUACCGCUACUGCCUAUCAAUCUCAUAAUCAUGUGACGAUGAUUCCUGUUGGUACCUUACCUUCCGAAAAGAAGCUUUCUCCGCCAUCAGAGAAGGCUCAAGUAGUUUCGGAGCCAUUCCCUGUCACAUCACCCUCUAGAUCGACAAGCAGAAUACCCAAAUAUGUUGUCGCCCCUAUGCAGAACGAACAGCUAUCGACUCCUCUAACACCUCCACCCUCUGAAGGAACAACGCCAGAGAAGGAGAACAAUCCAGUCGAAUCGGUUAACGAAGACAAGCUUCUCUUUUCACCUGCAAGCUCUUCCUGCUCAUCAAGCGAUAUGACAACAUCUAACCCUCCCAGCAAUGCCAAUUCACAAGCUACCAUUCCUAACACGGCUAUCCCACGCCCGAGCAAAUCGAAGCUUAAAGAACCCACCAAAUUUUCAUCAACGACCCCUUUACAGCCUACUGGCCACAGUCGAAUUCCUAAAAUGGCAAGUGGUGGUCGUAUGUAUCAAUCAAAUGGAGGUUUCGGGUCUGGUGGAUCAAGCAUCACAUAUAUCCCAAUUGCCAAUUCCGGAAUUUCGUCAACUCAAAGCCGUGUCAUAACUCAAUUAUAG